ACUGCCCCAAGCAUCUUCUAACCCUACUUUUGUGUUUAUUUAAAAAAUCAAUAAUGCAAAGCAUUUUAAGCGCUUUUGCCCUUCCAGAAUCUCCAAUAUUGUGCCAAACUGGAAACACAAAAGCGAUAAUUGACGGGGUCGAUUUGGGAAACGGAACCGUUUUCGUAAAUGAGAGGAAGCUCUCCUGGAAGAAUGACGACAAUACGGGUUUCGCCGUGGACUUCCCGCACAUCUCCCUCCAUGCGAUCACGGCCGACCCCAACGUUCACCCGACAAAAUGUCUGUUUAUCAUGGUCGACGAUCGGUUAUCGAUACAGGGGUACGAGUUUCUGCAGCAGCCGAUGGAAAAUGGCGCCACUGAGGAAUCUGACGACGAAUCGGAGUCAGAGACCCCUUCGCGUCUCGUUCUAGUACCGAGAGACCUGGACGCGAUAAACCCGCUGUUUUCCGCUCUAUCACUGGGGCAGUCUCUAAAUCCAGACCCCCAUGACAGCAUGGAGGAGGAGGAGGACGAAGAUGAUAAUAUCUACGGUGAUGCCGAGGACACGUCCGACGGCGUAAACCAUUUGUCUGCGGGAGUUCAAAAUGUGACCAUUAAUUACAAUUACAGCAAUGGGGAUCAGGAUGUCGAUGAGGAUCAAUUUGAAGAUGCCGAUUGAAGAGAAUGCACAAUUUUAGUCUUAAUAUCGAUCAUGUACCAAUUCUGUUAUGUUAAAAAACGUUUGACACUACCAUAGGUUUUGUAUUAGCACUGCAUAUCGGGCAUGCACCGUAAAUAAAAGAAUUCAGAUGUAA